GUCAUGUCUAACAAUGCCUGCUUGGUUCCUACUUCCUUCUGGCUCACUGGCAUCCCAGGCCUGGAACCCCUGCACGUCUGGCUCUCCAUCCCCUUCAGCUCUAUGUAUCUAGUGGCUGUGGUGGGGAACGUGACCAUCCUGGCUGUGGUAAAGAUAGAGCGCAGCCUGCACCAGCCCAUGUACUACUUCCUGUGCAUGCUGGCUAUCAUUGACUUGAUCCUGUCUACAUCUACCAUGCCCAAGCUGCUAGCCAUCUUCUGGUUUGGGGCCCACAGCAUAGGCUGGGAGGCCUGCUUGGCCCAGAUGUUCUUCAUCCACUGUUUCGCCACUGUUGAGUCAGGUAUCUUUCUAGCCAUGGCCUUUGAUCGCUAUGUGGCCAUCUGUGACCCGCUGCACCAUACCACAGUGCUGACCAAUGGUGUGGUGAGUCAUUUGGGCAUGGCUGCCCUCCUGCGUGGAGUACUCUACAUUGGGCCCCUGCCCCUCAUGAUUCGUCUGAGACUGCCCCUUUACCGGACCCAGAUCAUUUCGCACUCGUACUGUGAACACAUGGCCGUGGUCACAUUAGCAUGUGGCGACACGGCUGUCAACAACUUGUAUGGAAUGGGGAUUGGCUUCUUGGUUCUCAUCCUUGAUUCAUUAGCCAUCACUGCUUCCUAUGUGAUGAUUCUCAGAGCUGUGAUGGGCUUGGCUACCCCGGAGGCAAGGCUUAAAACCCUAGGGACGUGUGGGUCUCACAUCUGCGCCAUCCUUGUCUUCUACAUUCCCAUCGCUGUCUCCUCUCUCACGCACCGCUUUGGUCAUCAUGUGCCUCCCCAUAUCCAUAUCCUUCUGGCCAACUUUUACCUCCUCAUUCCACCCAUCCUCAACCCAGUCGUUUAUGCUGUCCGCACCAAACAGAUUAGAGAGAGGCUUCUUCACAUUCUUAAGCCAGGGAUCCAACCCAAGUGA